AUGCUACGAGAACUUUUGAUAUUUUCAAUUAUAUUUGGAUUUGCAUAUUCAUUGACAUGUUAUAAUGUGAGUUCCAAAGAUUACUGUAGUUUUGAAUUGUUUUUUUUGGAAAUUUCAAAGGAUGGAAAAAUUAAAUAUAGAAGUUUAAAAAAAACUUUUGAGCGUACCCCUGAAUUUCAUGAAAAUUCAACUGUUAUUGUAAUAAAUCUUUUCGGAAUUUACUGAAAAAAGCUUUAUCAUUAAAAAUAAUUUCAUUUUCCAUUCGUUAUUUUAAUAGGGAAUGAAAGUGCUUGCAUUACAAAGUGUUGGAGAAACAACUGAAGAAUGUCCAAGUUCUUCAUAUUGUUAUAAUAUGUCAACAUCUGCAAUGGUUAUGGUUAAUUUUGUGAAAGCUGGAUGUUCAACAUGGAGAUGUAUGCUUGCAAAAGAUACGUGUAUUUUCACAACAUUCCAAGCGAUUCCUGUCAGUUUAUGUUGUUGCAGUUAUGAUCGUUGUAAUGUUGGAGGAAAUCCCGUUUUUUCCGAUAAGUUCGUUGUUUUGAUGUUGUUUCAAAAAGAAACUCGAAGAAGUUUCGCAUUUCAAUGAGUAACAUUUUCAGCCCACGUCAAAUAACCGGAGGAAAUAAUAAUUAUGGUGGAGGAAACAAUAAUUAUGGUGGAAAUACUGGUGGUGGAAGUUGGGGAAAUGGUGGAGAAAUGAAUAAUAAUGGAUGGGGAAAUAAUAAGUUAGAUUUUCAAAAAGUUUGAGAAAAAAUAUAUCUUUGAAUUUAUAGUGAUUAUAAUCAACAGCAAACUUAUGGACAACAAAAUGCCGAAAGACCAGGAAGUGGAGGAGAAGAAAUUAUGUGAGAUUUUAAUUAUAUUUUCAAAAAAUCUAUAAACUAGUUUUUAGGACUAAACAACAAGUUGGAAAAGCUGAUUCAGCUCCACCAGGAAAAGGAGUUCCUCAAAUGACCCAAAAACAACUUGAAGAAAUGUUCAAAAAAUCGAUAGAUGAUAGAGGGGAUGGUUUGUAUCUAUAGAUUUAUAAAUUUGAAAUUUUUAACUUUUUCCAGAGAUCCAACUAGAAGGUGAUUUCAAAAAAGUCGAUAAGAACUACAAAGUUGGAAGUUCUCCACCAAAGAAAACAUCGACUGCUGGAAAAAAUACUGGAAAAGAAAUAAUUGUUUAA